UGAAUUGUAACUCAUUGCACUAUAAGGUAGAAUUGUUUCUUUUGUUUCGUGUUUGUUAAAAAUGACGUUUUUUCUCCGACCGAGCCGUUCGUUUUUCCGCCUUCACGUGCGUUCGUGCCACCAGAGUAUUUACAGCAGAAACUCAAACCCGCGGAGCGUGACAGUGGACCUUGGACAAAAGAAACUUGAAAUCACUUCGGGGAGGUUUGCCAGAUUUGCUGAUGGAUCUGCUGUUGUACAGUUGGGAGACACCUCGGUGAUGGUGACGGCGGUAAGCAAGACUAAACCUUCUCCGUCGCAGUUCAUGCCACUUGUGGUGGACUACAGACAGAAAGCAGCUGCUGCAGGUCGAAUCCCCACCAACUAUCUGAGACGGGAGCUGGGCACCACCGACAGUGAGAUCCUCACCAGCAGACUCAUUGAUCGUUCGAUUAGACCCCUUUUCCCUGCUGGUUACUUUUAUGACACUCAGGUCCUUUGCAACCUGCUUGCAGUUGAUGGUGUUAAUGAUCCAGAUGUACUUGCUAUUAAUGCAGCUUCUGCUGCUCUGGCCCUGUCUGACAUCCCUUGGGGUGGCCCCAUAGGUGCUGUCAGAGUCGGCAUGGUUGAUGGAGAGUUACUGGUCAAUCCAACGAGGGCAGAGAUGGCUUUCAGUAGUUUAAACCUGAUUGUGUCCGGUGCUCCCUGCAGUCAAGUGGUGAUGAUUGAAGCGUCUGCUGAGAACGUGCUGCAGCAGGACUUCUGCCACGCCGUGAAGGUGGGAAUCAAACACACCCAGCAGAUUAUUCGAGCCAUCCAGCAGCUAGUGCAGGAGCAGAACGUCACCAAGCGCACGCCAGCCAAGCUGUUCUUAGUCCCGACUCAGAUGGUGGAGCACAUCCGGAAAUUAGCGUCGGAGAAGAUUUACGGUGUUUUCACAGAUUUCACACAUGAUAAGAUUUCAAGAGAUGAAGCAAUCAACAAAAUUCGAUUAGAAACUGAAGAAGGCCUAAAGGAAACGUACCCCCAGGCUGAGCCCUUUGACGUCACUGAGUCGUUCAACACUGUGACCAAAGAAAUCUUCCGUAAUUUAGUGCUGAACGAGUACAGGAGAUGCGAUGGGAGAGAAUUGACGGCUUUAAGGAACAUUUCCUGCGACGUUGACCUGUUCAAGCCGCUCCACGGCUCAGCGCUGUUUCAGAGAGGACAGACGCAGGUGCUGUGCAGCGUCACGUUUGACUCCCUGGAGUCAAGCGUCAAAACGGAUAUCAUCACCACAGCUCUCAGUGGAGUUAAAGACAAAAACUUUAUGCUUCAUUAUGAGUUUCCUCCGUAUGCAACUAAUGAGACUGGAAGGAUGGGAGGCCUGAACAGGAGAGAGCUCGGCCACGGCGCUCUGGCUGAGAAGGCUCUGAGACCAGUCAUUCCUAAAGAGUACCCCUUCACCAUCAGGGUGACAGCGGAGGUGCUGGAGUCCAACGGAUCCUCCUCGAUGGCUUCUGCUUGUGGAGGCAGCCUUGCUCUCAUGGAUGCAGGUGUUCCCAUCUCUUCAGCUGUGGCAGGCGUUGCCAUUGGUCUUAUCUCGAAGGGUAAUUCAGAAAAUAACUCCGAGAUCGAAGACUACAGAUUACUAACAGAUAUUCUGGGAAUAGAGGAUUAUCUUGGAGACAUGGACUUCAAAUUGGCAGGAACAAGCAAGGGGAUCACUGCUUUACAGGCUGAUGUAAAGAUUCCAGGUUUACCCCUCAAGGUGGUCAUGGAGGCGAUCCAACAGGGCACAGUGGCAAAGAGGGAAAUCUUGGGCAUUAUGAACAAAUGCAUAGCCAAACCCAGUGAGAACAGAAGAGGGAACGGACCUGUUGUUGAAAAUGUGCGGGUUCCUGUGUCUAGAAGAGCCCGCUUCGUGGGUCCUGGAGGAUGUAACCUCCGAAGGCUUCAAGCUCAGACAGGCGUUACGAUUAGUCAAGUGGAUGAGGAGUCGUUUUCUGUGUUUGCUCCGACUCCCGGAGCGAUGAAUGAAGCUCAGGACUUCAUCGGAGAGAUCUGCAAAGAUGAUCAAGAGCAGCAGCUGGAGUUUGGGUCCAUCUACACCGCCUCCAUCACAGAAAUAAGGGAUUUUGGUGUGAUGGUGAAACUUUAUCCCAACAUGAGUCCUGUUCUGCUUCAUAACUCCCAGUUGGACCACAAACGGAUCAGACAUCCAAGUGCUUUGGGUUUAGAGGUGGGACAGGAGAUACAGGUCAAGUACUUUGGGAGGGAUCCAACAGACGGGAGAAUGCGGCUUUCCCGGAAAGUGCUUCAGUCUCCUGCUGCUACUAUUGUUAAAACACUUAGUGAGAAACAGAGCAUCUCCAUGGGCUCAAACAACAAUCCAACGACCGAUGCCGAUUCAUGACACGAUGCCGCAGCAGCCGCUUCAAAGGGGAUUCAAACUGUGGAUGUUUUACACCAGAAACAUGAAGAAAUCUGCCAGAAGGAAGAGCGUCAGAUUUGUUUUACGGAGCUGCUGAGUGUGAACACGACCGACAAAAAAACAGCAACGCGGUGACAGGCUGAGGCUGAGUGAAGCUAAUUAUGAAGAUGUUCCUUUAUUCCACCUUUACUUUGUUGUCUGACCACAUGAAACGGUUUAGAUUUCACUUUAUCGUUCUGUUCCCUCAUUUCAUCACAAAAGUGCUUCUGUUAUCACUGACGUGUUAACACUGGCUCUUUUUGUUCAUGGAUUUUAAUGUUAAAAUCUUUUAUAAUGCUCUCUUGAAAGCUGCCAGGAUUAAAAUAUGGACUAAACAACGCGGGGCAAAGUUCA